AGUGCAGUAAGGACUUCAUUUGUUUGUCCAUAUAAUGCGCGAAUGUUAAACUAAACGUUUAGGGUCUCGGAUAUUUAAAAUUUAAUUCCAUUUACGAAGGGUAAAGUGGAACACAGUGUGUUAUGGCAACCUAAUAAAUAACAAUGGCGAGUCUAUCAACAAUAGAACACAGCAUUGUUGCAUUCCGCUAUUGUUCCAAACAAAGUGCUUUCCGUUUCUGUAGUAACCAUAGUGACUGUUAUUCUACAAACAUGACAAUAAUAAGAGGGAUGUUUUUGUCCAUUGAAAAGCGUGUUAAAGAAGUUAACCUUAAGAAUUUGCUUGUUAAAAAAGUGAACCCUAAGAAUUUGCGUUUUCUGAACCAUCGUAUAAAGGUGGAGAGCAGGAAGCAAUUACUGACAGAUCGGGCAAGACUCGAGACAGAAGUUGAACAUUUACACGAAUUACUAAGAGCAAAGAAUUAUAUGCUCAAUUAUAAGGAUUCACAGUUGAUAUGUGUUGCAGCUCUAGAAGAACAGGCAGAGCUGCAGGUACAAACAAUAAGGACCAUGAUGUCUGAGGACGAAAGAAGCAGAAAGCAAUUGCAAUAUCUUUCUAUGAGACUGGAAGUCAAUGAAAAUGAAAUAGAGGUUUUGCAGUCAAGAGUUGCCGAAUUGGAAGACCCCCUGUUAAGAACACAUGCUGUUCUCAACAACGAGAAAUCGAGAAUUAAACUACUUGAAGAGGCAGAAAACGAAAUAGCACUUAAGGAUUGUGAGCUGCGUGUCUACAAAGAGGAGAUGCAGGGCCUGAUCAAGAAGCUCGCCAAAGCUGAGAAAACGGUGGCAUCUAAAGACAAAUUAAUAAAACGUCUUUUAUAUAACUUAAAUGUGGUGUUUGAGCACAAUAAUGACUACAUAAAUCGUUACUUCCAAGUCUGUGACAGACUUGAGGCUCUUGAGGCCCAGCAUUGUCAUAGAGAGAAGAUCAGGUGUAGUAAAGGCACGAGUUUCGUUUCAACUAAUGCAGAUCAUGGACGCAAUGCUGAGGACAAUUUAUUGGCGAAACGGCUACCUACCUAUGUCUUCACUAGACGAACUCUGAAGGAAUACAGGUGA